AAUGGGCUGCUUUUUGCAUGGUUCAAGGGGCUGGUCAGAAGGUUUUCAAGGUGUUGUCAAUGAACCAUUCAUAUAUUGUUGAUUUGAACUGUGAGAGUUGUGACUGCAAAAGAUGGGAGCUGUCUGGGAUUCCAUGUCAUCAUGCCAUAGCUUGUGCUAGAGAGGAGAGGAUAGAUCCUGAGCCUGGUGCAUGAAUGCUACUCUGUAGCUACUUACAAAAAAGCUUAUAGUUUCAAUAUCAAGCCGAUGAGGGACCAAGAGCAUUGGACAAAGAUGGAAGGAGUGGAUGUGUACCCACCUGUGUACACCAAGGUGAUGGGAAGACCAAGGAGAAAUAGAAAGAAAGAUCCAGAAGAGAAGCUUGACAAGGAAGGGGGCAAGAAACUGACUAAACAUGGUGUAAGCAUGCACUAUUCUAUUUGUGGAGCAGCAAAUCACAACAAGAAAGGUCAUCAGAAGUGGGCAGAAACAAAUAGAGAGGCACCAGUAGCUACAGAUGAUGAUUCAGAAGAGGAGUUUGAUGAUCCAUCCAUAAUUUCAAACAUCAUGCCACACACAAUUCAUCCAUCUAUGGAUCCAACUCAAACACCAGGAUCAAUGGUUUACCUCAUGCAGCAAAUGGAGAGGAUGUCAUAUCAACCAGUCAUGGACCAUGGUCCUCUUCCUGAAUCUUCAUUUGUCGCACAAGCUAGAGCUAGCAUUCCUCCACCAAGAGUGACAACUGCUAUGGCUACUGGAAGAGUUAGGAGGAGGGGUGUUACUGAAGAUAUUCCAGAGGAUGUUCCUCAAUUCAGCCACCAAACAAGUGAUAAUGCAAGAGGCAGGAAGAGGCAGGCUAAAGGAGGUGGUAGAGGAAAUGCUACAGGAAGUGGUACGGGAAACGCUUCACGAGGUGGUAGGGGAAAUGCUACAGGAGGAAGUGGAAGGACAAGAGGAGAAGGUGCAAGAGGAGGAACUGGAAGAGGAAAUGGUGGAAGAGGAACUCUAUAUGACAGUGGAGGAAGGACUGGACCAGGGGCUGGAUAUUGGAACUUGAUGUUUGGACCUGAUUCAGAUAGGUCACAUGUCGCAGCAGAGGAAGAGCCAAUCACACAAAAUGCACCACAAGGGGAUGAGUGGGAUGACGACUUCGUCCACAUGUAGAUAUGCAAACUGAUGCAGAAGUUCAUGACUAAACUUUAUGGAAUGCAACUAAGUUCACCAAUGAACUUCAUUUGUCUGUGUAGAGGCCUCUUUUCAUGUAAACAUGUAAUGCACUUUAAGUAUGUUGACAUGAAUCACAUUGGCAGUAUCUUUCAUUGUUCAAGUGUUUUGUGAAUCUGCUUUCAAAAUUUAUUAUUCAAGAGUUAUGUGAAUCUGCUGUAA